UGUCGGCAAUUGGUUGUUUGCGGGGGGUGCGCGCAUGGUCCGUACCGGAAUCAUUGCGGAUGGGGACUCUCGGUUGUUUGGAUGGUGAUUAGGAUAGUCGGUAGCAUCACGCUGACUAAGGAACAACAAUCAGCCGCAUUCAAUAGAUUGUUUUUUUUUGUUUUUUCGUUGAAAAUACAAAUAAUCCUGUGAACAAUGUCCGGUAUACUUUACACUUUACUCGGACUUGCUGCUAGCUCGAGUCUUCAUUGCGCUGUUAGACGUGAAAUAAAUCCCUGCACAUGCAGACAGGAGGACUUUACAAGUCCUGUUGUUGUUAAUCCAGUUUCAGUAACACCGUCUAAUGAUUCGGGUAAUGUGGGCCGUAUUGUACCAAGUGCUAGUUCAAGUGCAAGUGGUGGUGGGGGUGGUGUUAAUGACGGUGGUGGUAUCGGUAAAAAUGUCAAUUCCCAGGGUCAUGGGGAGAGAAUUGAAGUUGUGUGCGAGAGGAUGAAGUCAUUUGGACAAGUUGCUGAUGCACUCAGGGGUAAAUUUGGUCCUGAACAGACCAUUACACUCAGGGUUUCUCACUCGGAGUUGCGGGAUAUAUCGAGGCAUGGGUUCAAGGAGCUCAGAAUGUCCAUUACGAGACUUGAAUUGAAUCACGAUCAUCUGGGGAAUGUAGAUGGUGAAGUAUUCGCUGGAUUGGGUCGGACGCAAUACUUGAGUCUAGCUGAUAACGAAAUAUUGUCGAUACCGAGGGAUAUUUUAUCGCAUCUUUCACUGCUUCGCACCCUUGAUCUCAGCAGAAAUCGCAUCAAUCGCAUUGAUUCUGAUGAUUUCAAGUACAACCCAACGCUGCAGCAUCUGUCAAUGGCCGGGAAUUUGAUAUCGGAAAUGAUACCAGGUUCACUUCCACCACUCGUCAGACAUCUACACGUCGGUAGAAAUCAUCUGAACUCACUGAAUCGAACCCUCCGUGAUCUCAACCAAUUGGAGUGGCUCUUUCUGAAUUCUAAUGAAUUGACGUCAUUGGACGGUGAACUACCGGUAUCUGGGCACAACCUGAAGAUGCUUUAUGCCGCUGACAAUGAAUUGACUCAUCUGCCAACGGAAUUUCGAUAUCUACACAGACUUGAGACCCUUUUUCUUCAGCAUAAUUACAUCCAAAGUCUCGAUGGAACUCUGCAGAAGGCACGGAGGCUCAAGUUCCUAGAGUUGUCAUACAACAACUUGCAAGAGUUGACAGAGGAAGAUUUCGUGGAGGCAGAGUUGCUGGAGGAUCUGGAGUUGGGGCACAAUUCCCUGAAAUCAUUGGGUGGUGAUACAAGCAUCGGUGGUGAUGGUAAUGGUAGCAACAGCGCUCUCUGGCCAUUGAGAUCAUUAAAGUGUUUAAAUUUGACCCACAACGAAUUGAGUGAAUUUUCAUUUGCCUUGUUACGUGGACUCAAGGAAUUACGUUUACUCGAUCUGUCAAGCAAUCGAAUUAUCCGUCUUUAUCGUGGACCAACGGAGAAUCUCGUUGAGGAGGAGGGUGAGGAGAUACCUGGUGCCAGUGUUCAGGAUAUGCGACUGCAGAAUAACGAGUUGAGUAGCUUGGAGGGAUCGUUGUUCAUUGGAAUGCGAGAGUUGCAGAGGCUUAAUCUCAGUCACAAUGCACUCGGUCCAACGAUUGGACCUCAGGAUCUUGAGGGCCUCGAGGGACUUCGAGUCUUGGAUCUAUCGUAUAACAGACUCACAACACUCGAAGAUACUUCCGAGACGUAUUUACCUGCAUUGGAAGAGCUCAAUGCAUCAAACAAUCGUUUGAUAACGUUAUCAGAACGAGAUUUCCGGGGUUUUCCAGUUCUCUGCUGGGCAGACGUCUCUGCUAAUGAGAUAACAUCAUUGACACCAGAAUUGGUGGCUAAUACACGAUGCACUGUGCAUGGAGUGCCUGAUGUCUUACGUAUUUACUUACAAGAUAACCCAGUGUUGUGUGACGCCGGUCUGGCCGACCUAACGGUUGCACUGGAAGUCAACCAUGCAAAGGUCUAUGGGGUCAGCAGUAACUGUCCGACGACGAUGAAGACCCCAGCUGAAACAACAUCUUCUCCGCCUCUAUUGCCGCCUACCCUUUUUAUUGCGGUUGCUGCCGCCGCCUCUGGCGGUAAUGUAUCAUUUGCUGCGACUCUCGAAUAAAAUUAUUAUACGCUAAGAUUACUCGAGAAUCUCCAAGUACUUCUCCUUGUUCUUAUCAUUCAAUUCUCCCUAGAGAUCUGCUGGAAUUUCAUGAGAGAAAGAGUUAUCGAAAUAUCAAAGAAAAUAAUAUAUUCAACAGGGGUAAUUGAUAGUUUACAAUUUUUCCAUAACGAUUUCGAGGAAAUAUAAAGCAUUAUAAAUGUGAGAGUACUUGCGUAUUCUUAGAGUGCGAAAAAAGCGACGGAGCGACGAAAAUUCAAAUUAAUGUCGUGUGAAUGUAAGAAUUGUAGUUGGUUAAUUAUGGUUUAGGCACAGGGCACUGUUGUAGACAUUGUAAAUAGUUUUCAUUUUAUCCCUAAAACAUGAUUAAAUUUAGGUUUCUAAUGAUAUUAUUUAGUGUUAAAUCCCUUGACUACUCAGAAAAUCCCUCUUCACUACUCAGAAUGACAAAUAUUUUAGAAUAACCGAUAGUUAUUAUUGAGGGAUCGAACAACCUGGGUGCUGAGAAAUAUCAUGAAUCAAUAGAUCAAUGUUUGAGGAGAGAAAAAAAAUUUAAUGAGAGAACUCAUGACUGCAGGUCAACUGAUGAGUGAAAUAAAAUCUGUUGAAUUGCGAGUUGUUCAAUUGUCAGUGGGCGAGAUGUAGUUGAACCCACUAUUUGACCCGUGCCCAUAAAAAUGAUUUAUUAUUGACUCGCGCACUGCAUACGUAAUAUAUUUGUCAUAAUUAUUCCCCAUUAUUAAUAUUAUUUAUCAUUCUUUUCCAUUUUUAAGUUUUUUUUUUAUGAGGAACAACUAUAUGUGGAAAAUGUUAACGAAAAAAAGAACAAUUUUCAAGAAAAUUUCUUCAAGGAAUCAUUGGAUAUUUUUAUUUUCAUCUGUGCGAGCAAUUGCGAAAGAAAAAAAAUUAAUGCUAAUAAUUUUUAUUGAAGUCUCCUCAAGUCAUUUUUAAACAGCCAUUCUUAGGUAUUGAGUAGAAUAUUCGUCAUAGUAUUCAAAACAAUUCACUCCCGCAGUCUUCUUUCAUCUAACCACGUAUGAAAAAAAAAACGUCGACAAGAAAAACCAGCGCAUUCGAUUGAAGGAGAAUUCAGUGAAUCUUACAUUUCGAAAUAGCAACAGAAUUCAAAAGAAUAAUGUAGACAGAAAUUGAAAUUUUCUUGACGUAGUAUUUCAAGAGAAUCCAUAGAAAGUAUAAGUAUAAGGUUCAAUGGAUUAAUAAUCCAACAGAAUUUUCUAAUGAAUUGGUUUUUCUAUUGAAUUUUUUUCAUUUGUGUUCUCACGUGACAAUUGCGUUGACUAAUUGAAUGAUACGACGAUGGAGCAAGGUAAUUAACCAGAAAUGAGCCGAUCAGCUUCAAUUAUACAGAAGUCAAAGUCAGACCCAUUGAACUGUUAAGUAUUGUAAGCGAAAAAUUCUCUCAUAGCGCUAACCGUCGUAGCAAUAAUAUGCAUACAUUAACUCCAUUAUCUGAAGCCAGAUGUGUCCAAAUGAAAUAUUUAUACCUAUGUAUGCAUAUAUUGACACGAUAUGUAACAUUGUUUAGCUUCUAAGUAAUUUAUCAACGCUGUGAUCUGCAGUCUCUUGCUUUCGUUUUUUCUUUUUUUUUCAAUCAAUUUUCUUUUCAUCACUGCGAAGGUACAUGAAGACAGUUAACAGAUCUCUAAGUCUAAAGAAAAUUGAAAGGAAUGUGAAAUGUAACUUUAUUAUUGAUCUCUGCAAAUAGAGAAGAAAAAAACCUAUUAUUGCAAAAUAACGACAAAACGUUAUAUUUUGAUAAGAAAAGCGUUCAUCGUUGAUCAAAAUAAAAAUUGACAUGUAUAUGUAACGAAUCGUAUGUCUGUAAACGUGGAAAGGAAAAGUUGACGAGAGAUUAAAAAAAAAAGUUUCUAGAUAUCCUAA